AUGCCCUCCUACCCGCCACGCGCUUCACAGCAGCGGCUGCCCCCCGCGUCGUAUACGUUUGCUCAUGACGAUGUAAAUGCCUUCCGCCUGCGCCCGGUGUCCUAUGCGAACACGACGGCCGUCCCGCCGAGCGCGGCAGCGACGUCCAUAUCGUCACUGCCUCAUCUACAAAUAUCGACCAGAGAUAAAGCUACGGCGACGACAACAACACGCAGUCUCGCUAAGGCUGGGCCGGAGCACCACAGUCGAAGGGCAGCUCAACCCACUACCGCCGCAGCGUCAAUAAGCGGCAUUGAAGCAAUACGCGUGCCAUCUGUAGCAGCCCCGCGCGUCUACGCAGCCCUCGUCCCUGCUCGUGUCCAGCCCAACAGGAACAACAACAGCGGUAAUGGCGAUGCAAGCCAGCAGACAGCAAAACUGUCUUCGCCGCCUGGUGCUGAGGCCAGCGCUACUGGCGGCGUGUAUUUAUCGCUCCAUGACGCCCUCGUGAACUUGCCAGUGGCAGCCACGGAGUGCAUUGUGGCACCAGACCUGAGCCCCACCGAGACACGGCAGAUGGCGCUGUGGAUGCGCAGUACGCCAAGCUUCACCUCCUCCACAGAAUCGGCUUAUGCCGCGAAGGCAUCCUUCAAUCACCCGCUGCACCGGUGGUGGCAUGAGCGACAGACAAUACGACUCCACCACCGCCAUGUGGCAGCCCUCGACGAGGAGCUGAGUCCGGUUCUCGAGCAAGCGGUACGAGGAUUACUGACGGCGGAAGAGCACCACUGGCAGCUGGAGAUUCAGCGCCAGCAACAGCAAACGAGUCGGGUGCCCCCGACACCGUCGGCGGAAUCCCCAGUGCCACUUCACAAGAUGGCGGCGCUACUGCAGGCGCUGCAGGUGGUCCUUCAUCAGACAAGCACCUCUUUCAUAGAGGCCCAGGACAGCAAGGCCACCGCCGCAGUCGCCACCGUGAAGGACACGCUCGGUGGAGACCACGACGCAGGACGGCAUACCGCUCUCGCAAACACUUCAAGCCGCUCCACGGAGGAAGCGGAUGAAGUAGAGGCCCAGCAGGCACUGUCGGAGGCGCAGCGUCACGAGGUGCUGCAGGCCGCCCUCAACACGGAGCGCGCACUGGCGGAGGAAGUGAAGCGACAAGUGCCAACGGACUUGCCAACCAGGGCUGGCGUCUCCGUCGUCACUCUCCCCUGCGACAGCCCCGUCCCUGCCUCUAUUCUGCGACUGGAGGCAGCAGUCAGUGUCGCGCUGCUCUCCAGCAUGAUUGAGAAGGCGGAGGCAUGCGUGCCAGGCAUGGAAUUCGCCGGUCACCUCUUCCGACAGUACAUCCUCCCUCACAUGUACACUGAUUACGCUGGGUGGGCAGCUGUGCGGCCGCGACUGGGGACGCUGAGCGAGCAGGUCACGCACCUUGCCACCCUGCCACUGCGCGUGCAGCAGCAACAGAGUCUGACAGGUGCAGCGGUACAGGCCCAGGCCGACACCAGUUACCUUGAGGGCGUCGUGAAGUCGUGGACAAUGCGUGCUUGGGUACACCAAGUCAUACAGCAGCGCCAGUCCCUCGCUAGGCAAGUCGCAACGGAGCGCGUCGUCGCCCGACUGCGGGGACGCGUUCGUUUGCAGUCGGUGUUCAGCGCGUGGCGGCAAGAGGUGCAGCGCAGGCAGCAGCGUGUGCGUGAAGCACGCAUGGAGGCGGCGUACAUCAAUUUUCUCAACGAGUCGAGGCUCUCAGCGCAGCAGGACAGCCAAGCACACCUGGGCAAUGCAGCGACAGUGGCAACGGCUCUACUCAUAUGUAGUCCCCAACCCUCAGCUCCACCCGUUGCUGCCAUGCAGUCUCGUGGUCAGCAGCAGGAGAGCGGGCAAGGGGUGCAGGAACCUACGGCUGGCAGCCGUGAAGGAUCUUCAACAACGGGCGUCCUUGUCAGUGCCGCGUCCACGGUGGUGGACACCCGUGUAGGAUGGGCGCAGGCGUCCCUGCCGCUUCCUCUCGGUCGCCCUCGCCACGACAGCCACGCCGCAAAGCGGAAGGGUGCGGGCCACAGUCGUGUUUGUCUCUCAUUUAUGCGGCAGAAGGCCGGCGGUCAGGAGUCGGCACGGCAGCCCCCGCAGCAGGGAGUAGGGGCGGCUGGCGCUGGCGACUCGCAUGGCAGCAGCGCCCCCGCAGACAAGGACUCCGUUUCGAGAGAGAAGGAAAGCGGGGGAGGUGGCGUGAUGGAGAAGUACAUUGUGCGCGACGCCAGCAGCGAAGACCAGGAUGAGGGCAGUAGUGAGGAGAACGACGCCAUCGAUGGCGCCGGCACGCUGACACAGCUCGUCUACCUUGAGUCUCGCGCAGACGAAACCCACGAGGACAACAGGUCGUACCACGCGCGCUCUACAGCGCCAUACAUGUACGCCACGUCUGGCAUCAACACAUCCUUGGCGGAGACUACUGCUAGCCGAGACGACGACAGCGCGGACGUCCCGGAGCACCCUCUCUUCCAGGCGAUGCUAGCGAAGCUGCGCGAAAUGGAUCAGGCCAACUUGUAUCUCCGCACAGAGCUGACCGUGCAAUCACGACGACUGCGCAAGAUCGAAGCUGCAAACAGUGGCCUGCGUCAGCGGAAUGGGCAGCUGGAGGAAGGAACGCUGCAGCUGCUGCGCGACAAGCUGGAGGCACUCAAUACCACACAAGAGCAACUCAUGACAAUCACGCAGAAGAACCGUCGGUUACAGCACUUGCAAUCUCGCCUGCGCGCCCACCGGCACCGCCCUUGGCAAAGCACCGUACUGCGCGUUGUCGGAGACAUGUGCGAGGUAUCGACAGCAGCAGCGGAAGAUGCCGACGAGGCGCGCGUGCAGGCGGAUCGCUACGGCACAGGGGACAGCUUCAAUGACGACGACAAGUGCGGCGAGGACGAGCGCAGAAACGCUUCGUCUCAGGCCACCAAGUCCGGCAUGGCAGCUGAGGCGACGGUGGAUGGACAAAGGGCGGCAGCCACUAUGCCAAGGACACCUCACCUCAUGAGCAGCCACGCUUCUUCGCCAGGCAGUGAAAGAGAUGAGGAGCGGCUGUUCAGCCGCAUCGCCCCGACUGUGCUGCGCUCCACUUGUCAGCUCCCUGACGCCCUCAUCAUCCUCGCAGACUGGGCCAACAGCUGCCUCGACGACUUGCAGUGCCUCGACGACAUGAAGGAUGGCCCUCUUGCCGAGCGCUUCAGCAGCUUCAGCGAGGAGGCCCGGAGCGGGGUACUGCUCAGUCGGCUUCUCUACUACCUCGCCCUUCCGCGGUACCGCACCACGACGUCGGCUGCCGAGGUGAAACCUGGCAUCACCAGCCAGUCGGGCAUGGACAACCUUGCCGGAGCCAGGCUGGAUGGCAUCGAUCGCCGGCGUCAGCUGCUGGAGCAACACGGCGUGCAACUCAACCCACCCUUUCCCGUGUAUGCCGAAUGCUUUGGUGACUUGCUGGCCAUGCCACCUGCGGAGUGCAUGUCUCACCUUCUCACCUUCGCGACAGAGCUCAUGACUGGCCAAGACGUCACGGCGCAGCAGCAGGACGAAAUGUGGUGGAUGAACUCUACAAACAGUGAGAACAGCAUUAGUCAGCCCAGUGUUGACGCUCGUCUGAGCACGGCGGAGGCGGGGGGUGCGAGGCGGUCGCUGCGAGCCGCCGCGGCGCCGCCACCUACGCUGUCAGCGCCGUUACCGCUCCACACCGUGGUCGACCCGUACGCUGUCGUGCGCGGUGAGAGGUCAGCUGUCAUCACACUCAUUUCUCUUCUGUACGUCCGCUUUGCACAUCCCUUCCACCAUAAGAGUCGUCAGAACGCGAAGCGAGAGCGAAGUGCGCUGCUGCACCUCUGGAGUGGCGGUCAAGCGACGCCGGCCGAGCUCAACGGCACCACCACCGACAGUCUCCGAGAUGCCACACGAGGGGGCGAGAACCCGGCAGAGGUGGGGGCGACGCUUGCACUGGUACAGCCGACUGGCUACUCGAUCGAAGCCGACAUGCUGCGUCAGCUGCCGACAGAGGACAAGACGCCGUGGCAGCUCUUCCGUGAGCGUUGCCUUCCCGUCUUCGGCACACAGGCACACCCCUUUCUGCUCCGAGGCGGCUUCUGGCCAAGUGAUGCAUUCGAGAGCCCUGAGCUAGCCGCGAUGCUGAGCAACCUCGCCAUGGCGCUGCGCCGCUCGCUGGAGCUGCACCGCUGGCACGUUACGCUCAGCUGCCUAGUGCCAGUGCGCACAUACGGCGGGCUGAGCCGUGGAGUCUUCACCGGGCCGUGCGCGUCAGCCCCGGCGCUGCUGCUGGGGCUCCGUCAGGAUGGCAAGGAAAUCCUCUCCAUCAAGCACCCGCUCAUCCGUCAAUGCGUGGAGCAGCGACAGAAGGCCUACCUGGACGCGCUGGCGAGCGAGACCCUCGUCGCCUCUCUCACCUCCAUGGAUGAUGGAACAGCCAAACUGCAGACGCACCAAGGGCAGCUGAUCGACGCCACCACCGAGACAGAGUCUCUGACGGAUGCCAUCACUGGUGUUUGGCAGAACGAUCUUCUCUCGCUCUUCGUGCAGCGCGCAACCCUCUCCGCCCAUCUCGCACUUCCGGUUCUCGACCUCGGCAGCUGGCGCAUGCUGUGUAGUGAUCUCGGUCUGAUCAGCAUGGCUAGCUCAGAGAGGGAGGACUUCGCCGUGCACGAUACUGCGAAGCUCAGGAGACACAAAUCGGGUCAGUCACCGAUGCCGAUGCAGUCCCUGAGGACACGCGACCCAGGGCCUCAGCUGCAGGCAGUGGACAUGGAGGUGGUGACAGAGCUCUUUCAACGCGCCGUCAUGGCGGUGUCGUUUGCCCGUGGUGAAGUGGACCCAGCAGUACUGCAGCCGGCACGGGCUGCCGGAGAUGCGUCGCCGAAGAUGGCGCCAGGGGCUGCAGAGGAACACGGCGAGGGUGACGGAAGGCCGCGUCGAUCGCCGCAGCCAUCGGUGCAGCAGCACGCGCUACCCGACAUACAGAUGGACAUGACGUACGCGUCGUUUGUGAUCGCACUGGUGCUGCUGGCGCAUCGUCUGUACCCGUCCUUCACUCCUGCCACUCUAGAAAGCAUAGUAGCGCUACCAGCAUCCUCAACAGCGACCUUUGUCGGCAGCAAGGAGUGCAGCGCCUUCGCAAGUAGCGACGACGGGCUGCUCGGGUGGCCAGCCUCUCUCACCCAGGGCGGCGACGAAACGAACCCCAGCCACCAUAUUUUUAGCAGCAAACCAACCUACUGCUCCCUUAUGAAGGCUUUGGGACGGAUGAUGCAAGACUUUGUGCUACCGAGCUCCGCUGCUCACUUGCAGGCUGCCGAUCCUCGUUUUAUUCUCCACCAGCUCACGCGCGGCGUCAAGACACAGGCAGUACUGCAGAAUAGCGCCCCGGCGCUGCUUCUUGUGUACCAGGCGUAUAGCAAGGAGGUUUUGGGGGAGCCAGGGAUGGUGCGCAAGGAUGUGCUUCGGCUGCUGCGCGAUGCGAUGCUCACCAGCACCGAGCUCUCACAAUAUCUCAUCUACGAGCUCUUUUCCAAGUGCUCGGUGCUGCGCCAGGCGAACGAGGAGGUGGCCAUAACCAACCGCAAGGAGGCCGAUCGACUGGCGCGCCUCAGCGGCGGUCUCGACAACCUCCCGUCAUCGUCACGACGGCCACUCUACCGUGCGGUGCGCAUCGUCGAUCCAGGCACCGCCACCGACUCCGCAGAUGCGCCUGCAACGCAGCGGAGACGCACGCAGGUUCUCACCUUCGAGGGCUUCUGCGAUUUACUGUGCGUCCUGUGCGGCUUUAAGCAGCCAAACGUGUUUGACCCAUUCGAGGAGCGCCUGCGCUCUUUCCUGCACCACUCGCUGCUGCGGCCGCUGAUGCACAUGGUGCCUAGUCUGGGGCCAUUGCUGUCAUACUCGCAGUUAAGUGGAGCGUCGAACAACGCUUCGGUUGUUCCUGGUGCAGCAGGGACUGGUAAUCUCGUCAGCGACGGCAUCUCCAGAAGCCCAGGCGGCAAGGGCAGUAGUGGUGCAAGUGGCGCUCGCGCCUCGUCCUCACAGCGGCGGAGGGCGUGA